AUGAUCAUAGCUCAACAUUAUAAUGAUAUCAUUCAUGAAAAUGAAAUUACUCAUGAUAUUUAUGUUAAUUUUGUCAAAAAAAAUCUAUUUCAUUUAGAUACUAAAGCAAGUCACUAUCAACAUGAAUUUGAUGCGACAAAAGAUCGUAUCGAUCAUAGUUCUGAUGAAUUGACCUAUAAAAUUGAUGAAUUCAUUCAGAAGGCUGAUCAUGUUACGGCUAUCAGACUUCAUUUUGAAGCAAGAAUGGAAUUGGUUGAAUAUAGUUCUUUGGAUCAAUUACUACAAUUUAAAUAUGUUCAACAAAAGCCUAAUGACAAACAAAUUAAAUUAGCACAAAAUAUAUGUACUCUUCAACUUGAAAAAGAAAAAUCUGAACAAGAAUUAAUUUUAUUGAAGUUUGGUGUUUUCUACAAGAACUUACCUAAUUCAUUGAAUAUACUUGAAGAAACACUACCAACAUCGAUUACUACCAUCAGCGAUGCUCGACUACGUGAAAAAUUAUCGUUUAACUAUACGAGAAUCAUACAACGAACAAAAGCUGAUUUAAUGAUGGUUUUGACAACAGCAGCUGAAAUGCUAAAAACUGUAAGUCUCCAAAGUCUAUUGGAUUAUAAGAACGACGCAAUUCAGGAAGAAAAAUUGCUUUAA